AACGCGCGCUGCUUCGACUGCGACGCGUCGGCCACGGUGGAUCCCUGGGUCUCGCUCAACCACGGCACCUACCUCUGCAUCAACUGCGCCGGCGUCCACCGGAGCCUCGGCGUGCACAUCUCCUACGUGCGCUCGCUGAACCUCGACGCCGUC